UCUGAGAGUUGAACAUACCAGUUAAACUUUUAAUUUAGGCCAAAUGGAAGAGUCAGAAUCACAGCAACCAUUAGAGACACGAGCAGAAUCAUUUGAUCUGGUCCCUGACAAACAUCCGUCCUCCUCCUGUUACUGGCCUAACACUGUCAUUGAAGUCAAGAAUGAAGAUGCCACUCUGCCCUGUUACCUGUCUCCUGAAACCAGUGCUGUUACCAUGGAGAUCAGGUGGUUUAAGUGGAUUUACUGCAUUUACCAGUAUAAGAAUGGAGAGGUGAGAGAGGGGAGGGGCUAUGAGGGCAGAGUGAGUCUGAUCAUGGAGGAACUCCAGAGAGGAAACGUGUCUCUGACACUGAGAGAUGUUCAGAGGGCUGAUGAAGGAAAGUACAGGUGUAUGGUCCUCUAUGGAGAAGACAAAAAGGUGACAUCAGAAACUCUGCUGGAAAUUUAUGUAAACCCUGUAGAGAUGACUUUGUGA